AGGGAAUGUAGCUAAAUCUAGACAGUUUUUAUCUUUUCUACAACGUGCUGAGCGAUUGGACGGUGUGGUAGAGUUUGUAUUUAGUGCAAGCAGAUUCCGUAUUUAUAUACCUCGAGAGACAUGCGUAAUCACACUGUUGCUUGGAGGUAUUCAGUGUCCACGCCGGGGAAGAGUGGGUCCAGAUGGUGUCGCUUUACCCGAUAUGCCAUUCAGUAACGAGGCUUACACGUUUGUUAAGGAAUUGUGCAUGCAUCGUAACGUUGAAAUUAAGGUAGAAACAAUUGAUAGAGUAGGGAAUUUCGUUGGCUAUCUUUUCGUGGACAUUCCUGCUCUGUCUAACAAUGGACCAGAUAUUAACAAGUCGUCAGGCAAGAAAAAGAAAAAAAGGGUUGCCGAAACCACUGUUAGACAAAAAACAAAUCUAACUGUCUUACUAAUAUCUCAAGGUUUCGGUACUGUUCAUCGGGCUCCCACAACCGAACGAUCACCUCACUAUCACGAUAUGAUAAAAGCAGAAGAAGAUGCCAAAAUCAGUCGGUGUGGUCUGUGGUCAUCCGAUCAAUUCGUAAAGGAAUGGGAAGCCGAAGUCCAAAAUAAUUCAGAUCCCACUGCUUUGAGCGGUGCAGAGGACGGUAGUCUUAUUCCACUGACUGGUGUCUCAGAAUAUUUGGACGACUUAUCAGAACUACAACUUAAUGAAAAUAGUGAUUCGACAACUGUGAUCAAUAAUGAUAAUAUUAAGCAGUUAUCAUGGAAACCUGUUCAAAUAACCGGGAUCUCCAGACCUGCUUCUGGUAGUCAGGGUCUUCGAUUCUUCGCUCAACACUUAUCAGAUGCGUGCACCCUGGUCAAGAUUAGUCAAAUGCUGAAUAGCCAGUCAUUUCCUUCAUUCCCAUCAGAAUACUACCCUAAAAAAGGUAGUCUGUGUAUUGCAUGUUUCAGUUUAGAUAAUUGCUGGUACCGAGCACGUGUCAUUCGUAGUUCACCCAAAUCUGUUACAGUUCAGUUUAUUGACUUUGGUAAUGAAGAAGUAAUCGAUUCAGCUGAGUAUUCAUCACGUCUUUCUCCUCUUCCAUCUGGCCCACUAAUGCAACUUCCACCACAAAUGAAAGAGUAUCGUUUGGCAUUUGUUCAACUUCCUCCCGAUGCUUCCGAUCGUGUGUUUGCGGAGCGUGCUUUCUGCGACCUCGUUGAAAACAAAGAAUUGAGACUUGCUGUUCAGUACGAAUCAGUACCGUGUGGAAACGAAUCACUGAAACCUGUCCCAGCAGUGACACUAUUGCUACCAGUUGCAGAUCUUAAAACAUCUGGGUCAUCUGUCUGUCCAAACGACAUAGACAUCAGUGAGUCACUGUUGUCUAAUGGUUUGGUCUGUGUUGAACCUAUCCAGCCUCAGCUUCUUAAACGACUACCACGCAAUCUGCUCCACAAGUAUCUAGAUGCGCAAGCAUUAGCAAAAAAAGAACGUAAAAACAUUUGGCGAUAUGGUGACUUUCGUGCAGAUGUGGAACAGCUGUGAUAUACAUUGCACAACAAUUAGAACCAAAAAUGUGCCUUUAAAAUACCAGCUGAAUAUGAACGACUACCGCCCAACAAUAGCAUCAACGUUAUGCUCUGAUUCAUUUUGUCUGUUGUUUACUAUAUGUUGUAAGAGUACACUUCAUUGUUGUGUUUGUCUUGGAAUUUCAGGUAGCUAUUCUUCCUUUUUUUAAAAAUGUAAAAAGCAGGUUUACUUUAGUUUGUCAAUAUCUAUGAUAUUCUUGUUGUUCAUUGGACUCCCUAAGUACAAUAUAAAAGUAAUGUUAUAAAAACCAGUUUUUGUUAGUAAACUACUUUAAUUUCUAACUUUAGUCACUUGUAUUUUCGUUUUUCUUGCCAAAUGUUUUAAACUAUUAUAUCUGUGGCAAUUAUGUUAAUUAUACGAAAUUAUGCUCCUAAAUAUUUCUGUACUCAGUAAUGUAUGUUUACGGUAAUAAACUGUGAUUUUGUUUUGUA